ACGGCCUGGAGACGUCACCUAACCAGGGAGGUCACGUGCCCUCGCUUCCUGCUCCGUACAGCCGGUUUCAGUUGGGUGCGUCUGUCGCUGUAAAAUACGGAUUAUAUUAUUCGCAUUUAAAUACGCAGUCAAAUAAAAAUAGAAUAAACCAAAAUAAGCACUAUGUCAAUCUUCCCAGAGCUUUACUUCAACGUGGAUAACGGCUACUUGGAAGGGCUGGUCCGGGGUUUCAAAGCAGGAAUUCUGUCUCAGGGAGAUUAUCUGAAUCUUGUUCAGUGCGAGUCACUGGAAGACCUGAAGUUGCAUCUACAAAGCACAGAUUAUGGGAAUUUUUUGGCAAACGAGGCCUCUCCCCUCACCGUAUCUGUCAUUGAUGACAAGCUAAAGGAGAAGAUGGUGGUGGAGUUUCGCCACAUGAGGAACCAGUCCUACGAGCCACUGGCCAGCUUCCUUGAUUUUAUCACGUACAGUUACAUGAUUGACAAUGUUAUCCUUUUAAUUACUGGCACAUUGCAUCAACGAUCCAUCUCGGAGCUGGUUCCAAAGUGCCAUCCCUUGGGAAGCUUUGAGCAGAUGGAGGCUGUGAAUAUUGCACAGACACCUGAAGAGCUUUAUAAUGCUAUCUUGGUAGAUACUCCCCUAGCUGCGUUUUUCCAGGACUGUAUAUCUGAGCAGGAUCUUGAUGAAAUGAACAUUGAAAUUAUUAGAAAUACAUUGUACAAAGCAUACUUAGAGUCUUUCUACAAGUUCUGUUAUACAUUGGGAGGUACAACCGCAGACACCAUGUGUCCUAUUCUUGAAUUUGAAGCGGACAGACGAGCUUUCAUCAUCACCAUAAACUCUUUUGGAACUGAGCUGUCAAAAGAAGACCGCGCUAAGCUCUUUCCUCAUUGUGGCAAGCUGUACCCAGAAGGGCUAGCACAGUUGGCUAGGGCAGACGACUACGAGCAAGUCAAAGCGGUGGCAGACUACUAUCCUGAAUACAAACUUCUUUUUGAAGGAGCUGGAAGCAAUCCUGGAGACAAAACCCUUGAGGACAGGUUCUUUGAACACGAGGUGAAGCUGAACAAGCUGGCAUUUCUGAACCAGUUUCACUUCAGUGUGUUUUACGCUUAUGUGAAACUGAAGGAGCAGGAGUGCAGGAACAUCGUGUGGAUUGCAGAAUGCAUCGCUCAAAGACACCGAGCCAAGAUCGACAACUACAUUCCUAUCUUCUAAAUCUCCAGUCCUGCAACCCUGCAUUCAUAGAUGGUACCCAUCUCACUGUAUUGAUCAGCGAUUGUAUGGUCAUUUACAAAAUGGGCAGGAAAUCAAACAAAAAAAGAAUCGUGCUGUCUCACCAUUUAAAAAAACAAAACUAAAAAAAACACAUCUUGAGUUGUAGUUAUUUUAUAUCUGCUGUUUGUGUUUUGAUUUGAUUUAACACUAAAUGUACAGUACAGUGAUUUAUGUUUCUAUCUAGCCAGCAGUAGCACAGCUCCCAUAUUGGUUCUGUAUCUGCAGACAAGCAUGUUUUCAACAAGUAACUUAUAAGGGAAGGUAUUAGUUGAUACAGUUUCUGCUUAUGUUAACAUUUGCUGCAUUUUAUUUCAGCAUUACCUAAGUAAUCCACAAAAAUAAUCCCAUUAAAUGUUUUUCUGAUUACUUUUUGCCCAUAAAGGAACAGGAUAGUGGAAAGUUAAUUUGAGUCUGUUUACUUGACUGUACAACAUCAGUGUUUUGGUGCUGUGCUAGUUAUACUUUAAUUUGUGACAAAACUUAAGAUGUUUGAGUUAACCAUUGUUGUGACAGGAGUUUGUUCAUUGUGACUCGAGACUAUUGUAGUACAGGUGUGUUGUUAUGCGAGAAUUAAUCUGGAUCAUACUGAGGCUGCAUGAAGGACCCCCUCCUUUAUUUUCUUCAAAGUCCUGUCAGAUCCUUGCAUCACGACAAGGCAGUUUGAUAUUAAGUGCAGCUGUUCUGCACUUGGGCCUGGCAGAAUACUGAAUUUGAAUUAUUCAUAGUCCUGCAUAUUACAAAUGGAACAUUAACCCGAAGAGAACAAGGACUUUUUUAUUUUUCAUGUUGGCUAGAUAACUUAUGCAAGUAUUACAUUAAGGGCCAUGUUCGUAAAUCAUUCAUAUGAUAUUUACAUUUACAACCAUAACUAAUGCUUUAUGAAGAUGGACCUUGGCGCAUGUUUUUGAUUCAUGAAUCGAAACAGUAAGAGAGGUUUAAUCCCUGUAGCCUUUUUGUUUUAAAUUCAAAACGUGGUAAUACAUUUUGUUAUGUUGUGCUAUUUGAGAUUACGUAUGAAUUUUCAAUGCAGCAAACUUCCAGUAGCAGCUGAAAAACUUGUCUUGGAUAAAGAAAGGUAUUUACCAGGUGCUGUGGUUGGAGCUUACUGUUUCUGCAUGUGGUAUUGAGGUGUUAUGUCAGCAUCUGCUGCAAACUGUUUACAGACACCGUUAUUACUGUUUUAUCCCUGUCAUGUCUAAAUGGCACAUUUUCCAUUCCUAAACAUGCAUUCUCAUUAGAGCGUCUUUCUGAACAGUAUUUGUUUGUUAUUUUAAAAUGUGAUUCGGUCUUAAGGGCGUCCCCUCAUUAUCUGCAAGAGCAUCAAAGCUCAAUCUGCCAUCAAUUUCAAUCUCAAGUUUUUAUGUAGAUUUCAUGAUCUCAAAAUCCUGCCCAAUGACUUAAUCUAAGUGAUGGAACCAAAAUCAGACAAAACAAGAUGGAUUAAAUGAUAUGUAUUUGAUAGUAUCCAUCUUUUUAAUCUCUUAUAUAGAGAGAGAAAAAAAAAAUUAAAGAUGCUUUGACCUUAAUUCAGCAUAAUACUGAUUAUAAUUCUUCAUAAUAUUGAUUGUUUAAAGCAACUUAUUGAAAAGGUAUGGCAGUGUUUUUUUUUAUUACAGUUAUCAUUAUUAUUGCAUAUCUAUCAUAAAGCAGUGCUGUAAUGUUGCAGGACACUCGGAACUGAACUACAGCUACUGCGUGCUGCAUGGUAUCUUUAAUCUGUGUUUGGUGAAGCAGCAGGAAAUAUAUUUAAAUGUUAGUAAACGUUCUUCAUAUAUUACAAAAAAUAAAAUAAAACUAUGAGAAAUGUCAUUAUUUUAAUGAGAAAGUAUGACAAGUGAGUGUGGUUUUAUUGGGAACAAAAGUUUGUUUUUGGUAAUGCAGUUAAAAUGGAAUGGUCCCAUUCUUAAUGCUCUGCAUUGUGUGGUGUCAUAAAGAUACAUCGAGUCCAGUAAACUGUAGAACUUGUCUAGAAGUGAUGUGUCGAUGGCUUUGUGUUGUGUGUGUGUUCCUUUACCUUGUAAAGCUGUAGAUCCCACUGGAGAAUAAAUUAAUAAUAACAGAAUUUUAAUUAUUUAAUGGAGUUGAUCUGAACGACAUUGUAUCGUUAUGAUAAAUGUGUAAUGGUUAUAAAAGCUCUAUGUCUGAUUCUUUAUAAGAACUUCCCUGUGGUGUAUAUAUUCAAUUUACUGACUUGCAUCAAAGACUAGUGAUGGGUGGUCUUGUUCUUAUUUCCUGUUUUUGUGAAUAUGUUAUUUCUCCUAAAUGUGACAAUAAAUAUUUACCUACAGUAAAA